AUGGAUGGCAUACUGGUGCACGGCCAUGUCCAAAUGUGGAACUCAAAGACAGGAAUGUCUAAGUCAAAAGGAGCCUUCAUUGAAACAGUAGUAGGAAAGAAUGUUAGACUGCAGCUCUAUUUAAACAAUGGAAAAGUUAAAACUCUACAGCUAAAGAAUAAUAUCAAAAGUGUGGUCUUUAGAACCUAUGAAGAAGACAAAAAUUACAUGCACUUAACUUUUAAAAAUAAUGAUUUCUUGUUUAUUGAGAAACUAGCCUCUGAAGAUGCCAGAAUGUUGAAGACAUUCCUACACACCAUUCAUCACAAUACCCUUCACCGAUCCAGAAGAAGGUGUGUGAAGAGACAUGAUGCUCCUAGCACAGGCACACAGGAGUUCCAUGACACUGCACUACAAAAUGUUCAUAAGAAAGCAAGCUCCAAACCAGUUCAAGAAAGUGAAACAUCUGUGUCUCAGGAGAUGCCUUUGUCUGCACCAAAAUCACCCACAGUUCCUAGUGCAGAGUUAUUAGAAGAGCAACCUGGGAAGAGGAAGAGAAUCAAAUCACCUCAGUUAGAUAAGAAGGAAGAUGAGGGGGUCCUGAAAGAAAGAAGUAAGGAAUCUGAGGCAGAGCCCACAGUGUCUGUAAGGGAGAAUGGAGACAAACGAGCAGAGUUAGCAAAGCCAGAAACCAGGAAGCCACCAUUUGGGUUUUCAGUCCUGACUGGAGCUUCUGAAUCACUUUCCUUUCAUAAUACUGGUCUCCAAGUUUUCAUUGGGAAUUUACUUUCAACAUUUCUGUUGGGAACAGACUUUAUUGACAAAGGUGUAGAGUGGUCUGAUUAUCUGAAGACUGUGUUACUGUGCCCAGAUAAAACAUGGCAAGGUCUCCCCAAUGUGGGAAAUACCUGUUAUGUAAAUGUAGUUUUACAAUCACUAUUUUCAGUCCCCCAGUUUGCCAAUGAUCUAUUCAAUCAGGGUUUUCCAUGGAUUAAACUACCCAGGGAUGAAUUUAACAUGUGCUUGAUGCAGAUGCUUGUUCUGAAAGAUUUUUAUGAAGCAAAAAUGAGGGAGACGUUUCUUACGGGCAUUCAAAACGCCCUUCCAGCAUUUGGAGACAUAUUUGCUGCUGACAGGCAGAAUGAUGCUCAUGAGUUUUUAAGUCUCUGUUUAGUUCAAUUGAAGGAGACCAUUAAAAAAUUAAACAUAAUUUGGCAAUCUGAAUGUGAUUCUGGGGCAAACCGUUUAUUUAAACAGAUUUUUCUUGAAAGGGCUGCCAAGGAAGCACCUGUUUGUCCUGUUGCCAGCAAUUUUGAUUCUGAGUUGCUGAGCUCGAUUUUUUGUAAAGCCUGUGGUGUGGCUAUCAUCAGGAAAGAGUCAAGUAGUUACCUCUCCAUCAAUAUUCCUCAAAGAAUGAGAGCACAUACUUUGUCUAUUCAAUCCAGUUUUGAUCAUUUCUUUAAAACAGAAGAGCUUGAGCAUACGUGUGAGAAGUGUCAGCACAACAGAUCUGUUGUGGUGCACAAGUUCAGUAGAUUACCCAGGGUCAUAAUUAUUCAUCUGAAGCGCUAUAUCUUUACUGAGUCACGGCUAUUGAAGAAGGAUGAUCAGCAGGUCAUUAUUUCCAAAUAUUUAAACCUGGCUUCUCAUUGCAAUACAGACACAAAGCCACCCCAUCCCCUUAGCAAAAAUGCGCAUGUUAAGGAUACUGGGUUAUUAAAACCCCUUGAAGAGCUGGGUUCUGAGAUCAGAUUGUCACUCUUUUCACUGAUGAUGGGUUCAAAACCCAAGCAUUUCCCAACUCUAAACAUUAGAUCAAAACCACAAAAUUUAAAGAGAGACUGUAAAGAAUUGAGUGGAAAACAGCAGCAGUGUGACCUAGGAAAAGGGUCUACAGAGAAUGUAAGACCAUUAAGACAGACAAAAACAACGUGUGAGAUUAGUUCGGGACAUUUCAAGAAAAAUGAAAAAUGGUACACAUUUAGAAAGUUCGAUUCUGGUAGUGUCAGUGAGCCUACUAAAGGUCAAAGAUUCAGAAUUUCAGAACCAUGUCAACUGGCCAAACAGGCUCUGAAAUGUCAGGAGAAGACAAACAGUGAACAGAUACUUCAACAGGCAAUUACUCAAAUCCAUACAAAUCGAGAUGCCCAGAAGCAGACAGAGAAUAUCACAACACCUACAGACUCAGAGUCUCAGAGUGCUGACCCAAAUAAAGAGAGUUCCCAGGAUCCCAGUGAGAAGCCUGAAGACAAAGAUGUUUCAGAUAAGAAAAAAUCUGAAGCCAAGGUAGAACCAAAAGCAACUGCUUGUGAGGAAGAACAUAUCUAUAGGCUCAUUGGUGUUAUCAGCCAUAUUGGGAAAAGUCCCCAUUCAGGCCACUAUAUCAGUGAUUCCUUUGACUUCAAGAAACGGGACUGGUUCACCUACAGUGAUCUACUGGUAUCACGUAUCAAAGAGGACUAUAUGCAGAAGACUAGGCUUUCCACUGGGUAUGUCUUCUUCUACAUGCAUAAUAAGAUCUUUGAAGAGCUGUUGGCAAGGGAGGAGGAGGCUCAGUCUUUUAUGGACUUUGAGGACAAAUAA